AUGUAUGCGAUGAAAAGAGUAAAAAAACAAAGAAGCAAAACAAUUGAAAGUAAUUUAACUAUUUACAAUACAGAGAAAGUAGAUUUGGAUUCUUGUAUAUAAAUUAAAUAAGUAAACUAUGGAAUAACGAAUAGAAACUCAACUCCUUCUCCUUCUUCUCGUUAAAACAAUUAGUAUAGAGAACAAAAAAUGUGCUAAUAAUAAUAAAUUGAUGGGCUACCAAAAAUAAAUAAAUGUUUAACUGAUAAAUAUGUAAAAAUGAACUAAUCAAAUGAACCUACAAAUUCAUUUUAUUUGAAUGAAGAUAAGGACGUUAUAAAUAAUUAAUCUUAAGUUAUUAAUAUAAGAUAAUAGACAAGGUCUUUGUUUUCUACUAGCUCUUUCAUAGCUUCUUCUAUGUAAAAUAAUUAAUUAAAAGCAAGUGCCUCUUAAGGAUUAUCUAUAACAAACUAAUUGCAAAAAUACUAAAUAAAAAGUAAAGAGUUAUUUAAUUGUAAAUAAAAACAAUCAAAUCAUAAUUCUUUUUUAUCAAAUUAAUUAUCAAACAAAAAAAAAAAAUCAAUAUCAAAUAUUGCGUUUACAGCAAAAACAGCUGAUUCUUUGUAAAGUAGCUAAGAAAAAAAACUAUUUUGUGUUGAAGCAAAAAAUAAUUAAAACUCAACUUUUCUCAAAAUAAUGAGUAAAUCUCUUCUGAACACCAGCAUUAGUGAUGAUUAAUUAUCAUAUGAAGAGGGAUAUAAUAGAAAAAUAUCAUCUUCUUUUAAAAAUAUCUGCGAAAAUGAAGGAGCAAUUUUUAUGGAUUAAAAAAAGCUUAAAAACUCAAUCAACAGCUCUAGUUUUUUAGAAAAUAGUUAUAAGCACAGUGGGUAUAGCAAUUAUGCUAACUCUUUACUUUCUCCUUUUUUAAUGAAUUCGGAUAUUAUUGAUGAAAGCUGCAUUCCCGAGCGCUGCUAAAAUCCUCUCAGUAAAGAUAUUCAAUUUUUGAAUCUGUCUAAUUAAGAGAGUAACUUUGAGGAACUUAAGAAGAAGAUAUUAUUUGAAGAAGAUCUUUCUGAUUUUGAAUUGUGA